AGACUCUGGGAGGAGAAGCACACCUGCGCAUAGCGCUGUCCAUGGGAGAGGUUUCACAAUUUGAAAAACGAAACAGAAACUUAACAUUUCGGUUUCUUUUCUAUUAAAUUUGAAGCAGUGCAAAUUUGUUUGGUUUAAAAUUUUGUCUUGGAACAUUUAUGUUUUGUGUUUAUUUAGUUUUUAUUGGAAAGUCGUUUAAGUUUGUUAACUAAAAGCUUUAUUUUGCAAAGUCCCACAGAACUUUGGGUUACAGUCGGAAAAGCGAUUUUUUGAAAGAUCAAUGAAAAAUUAAGGAGGGGCUUAGCCUGUUUAAAAACUCAGAACUGUAUGAGGCUUAAACAUCUGCCCCGAUCCAGUAUUACAUUUGGGCUCAGAAGUCGUUUGUUGUUUUUGUACUGCUGAGGUGACAUGAAUGAUUUUGUUGCUGCCAUGCCAACCAAACCAAGAAAGGAACCUGAUGAGAGCACUAUGCCAGAUUUGGCAAAUGGUCCAAUGGAAGAAAGUUCACAACAAAAAGUGAAACCUGAGGCUGUGACUGCUCCUAUGGCUGUGGAUGAUACUAUCUUUUCUCUGACAGAAAUGUUUAGGUCCUUUAUGGAAUGUCUUAAGGAAUGUGAUAAUCGACAAGACAGCGAAACAGUAAGACAAGACAAAAAUUUCAGAGUGCUUAAUCACCACAUCGCCCAGAUGCAACUGGAAAUAGGCCGUAUUCGUCUUGAAGCCAUCUCUGACAAGCCAGUGCCAAGGGUGACAGACGAGUUGUGUUUAGCAAGACUUAAGGACACAGAUGAUAUUGACCACUAUUUGUUAACAUUUGAGAGACUGGCAGAGACGUACCAGUGGUCUAAACAAGACUGGGCUAGUUAUCUAAAACCGUUCCUUACCGGUGAGGCCAGAUCUGCAUUUGUUGAAAUGGACCCUGUACACGCACAAGAUUAUGAUUCUGUAAAGACAGCAAUCCUGAAAAAGUAUGAGAUCAGAGCGGAGACUUUUAGACAGAGAUUCCGUAAUCUAAAUACCCCUGCUGAUGAAUCACCACAAGAGCUUUACACCAGACUGAAAGACUUAUUUUGCAAGUGGGUUAACUAUGACAGCAGUACUAAAAAAGAUAUUAUGGAGACUCUCGUGCUGGAGCAGUACCUACAAGUCUUGCACCCAGAUGUAAAGACUUGUGUCAAGGAGGGUGAUCCAGCUACUGCUGAAGAAGCUGUAAGCCUCGUUGAGGCAUAUAUCAAAGCUCGUAAAGUAACAGGCAGCUUCUGCUAUGCAGGCGUCCCGUCUUUAACUAGAGGAUUUGCAUCCCCUGGUCAGAGCUUAGCUGACAAAUCCUUACAGACUGCAUCAUCGACAGCUAGUUCAACCUCAGCUACUCUUUCUGGUUUUGGUGACAAGUUUAGGACACCUGCAGGCUCAUGGAUCUGUGGCACUUGCUUGGUACAAAACGUGUCAUCAGAUAAAAAAUGUGUGUUUUGUCUUGAACCUGAACCCAACAUAGAGACUGCUUCUAAAGUGGACAGCAAACCUGCAGAUGCCACGGUGAGCCUCAGUUCCCUCUCUCCUUUUCCGGCUGGUAGCUGGGAUUGUGACACAUGCAUGGUCAGGAACAAACCAGAUGUGUUUAAAUGUCUAGAUUGUGACACGGACAAACCUGAGACUGGUGUAAAAUCCAGCAUGACGUUACUGACUCUGCCUGAGGUCUCAUCCGGUCUUUCUGCUGCUUCCUCUUCAUCUCCUACAACUACCACCACCACUUCUACAGGGACUGGACUGUUAGGAUUCAGGGACAAAUUUAUGAAGCCAGAGGGUUCUUGGGACUGCGAUGUGUGCAUAGUUCGGAACAAGGCACAGGAUGUGAAAUGUGUAGCCUGUCAGAACCCUAAACCAGGUAGUUUCAGUUUUGCAGGAGCGGUAGCUGCAGCAGGCCCAAACCCUGCACCUGCAAGCACGCCUGCACCUUUGUUAGGAUUCGGAGACAAGUUCAAGAAACCUGAGGGGAGCUGGGAGUGUGGCGUGUGCUGUGUUCAAAAUAAGACUAAUGACUGGAAAUGUAUUGCCUGCUGGUCAGCAAAACCGUCCGAAGGUUUAAGUUCAUUUUUUGGCAUUCAAUCCAACAGUACAAACUCAAGCUCUUCUUCCUCUUCCACGGGUGGAUUAAAAUUGGGCUCUUCUGACAUCACCUCAAAUGCGACGAGCUUUAAAUUUAGAGGCUUUUUCUCAGAUGCCACUUCAGGUGCAAUUAAACUCGGUAGCACCUCUUCAGAAACCGCAACAAGCACAUCAGGUGGAUUAAAGUUUGGUGGUUCUCAGGAUUCCAGUACAGGACUUAAAUUUGGGGGUGCUAGUGGAAUCUCAUUUGGCUCUCAAGCUGCUAGCUCUGAAAACUCUCUCUCGUAUGGUGCUAAACCUAUAGAGAAGGGAAGCUCCAAUUCAUUGUUUACAUUCUCAGUAACACAGUCCAAAGUAGAGAUAGAUAAUGCUCCUGCUCCCUUCAAACCUGUUUUGACCACCACAACAUCAUCAGCAGCAGCAAACACCAUCCCUGUUUUUGGCAAACCGUUGGUAGUUGAAUCUAAAUUAGCUGCCCCAAAAAUUCUGAUGCCUACCUUCACUUUUGAAAAACCAAAAGAUAAAAAGGAUACCUCUGUGCCUUUCGGUGCUUUGUUAUUCAGUGUAGCCAGUGAAGCUGAAAAAUCAACACCAUCAUUGGGCUUCGCUUUUGGCAAGCAAGAUCCUUCGAAAGAUCCCCCCAAGCCUUUAUUUACAAUUGGUAAACCUGACGAAACAACAGGACCUCUAAAACCAUCAUUUACUUUUGGGCAGAGUAAAGCAGCUCCUGCUUUUGCUGCCAACCGAUCCUCUUUAAUUUCCAGUUCCCCACCAUCCUCUGACGUUGCCUCCAAACUGACAGCCAUCCUCGGACAAGGUGCUACCUCUUUUGGGUCAACUGCACGUUUGUCCUCGACCACAAACUCCCCAGUCCCUGCAUUCGGAGCCAAACCAAAUUUUUUCCCGGUGUUCGGCCAGAAACCCAACCCUGCACCUACAUUUGGAUCAGCUGCUGCCUCCACAGGCCAAGGAGGAUUCCAGUCUGCCUUUGGGGCUGAAUCGGCAGCUUUAUCAACUCCUGCGGCCAGUCCAGCCAUGCCUGCUGUAAAUGCUCCCUCCAGUGGAGCCUCCAACUUUGGCCAGACCCCUGCAUUUAACACUGGAUCAACAAAUAUUUUCACGGUGACACCAUCUGCACAGAAUUCAACUGCUGGAUGCAAAAUCAAAGCUGACCAAGACAGCAAAGAUGGAGCAUAACGGAUUACAAUCAAGCAAGAAUUUUUAACACGGGAUAGUAAUUUGUAUCAUCUGGAUUGUGUGCAGGAUUUGCUAAUUAAAACAAAGAAGCUAGAGCUGGUGUAAUAUGGUGAAGACUGAUCUGGGAAUCUAUACAGAGGAGUGUCUUGUAUCUGUGUACUGAAUUAUUUGUUUGUUUCCUGUGCAAAGGUUGUGUGUGUAUGUGUGGUUUCUUUGUAGGUGCCGAACUGUGUUUGAUGUUAAAACCAGACCUGUGCUCCUGAAUGCUUUCUGUCAUGUGAGAAGCAAUAUGUGUUUUAAGGCCACUGCAGUGGUUUGCAGGCAAGAAAGAAAGAGUUUAAAAUACGUUCAUGUUUUUCUUAUAUUUUGUGUCUCUACCAUCUCAGUCACUUUUGUAAGUCACUUUGGAUAAAAGCAUUUGCUAACUUUAAUAUAGAAAAGAAGCCCUCACACUGUUUACUAUAAUAAAUAGCUUAAUAAGAGUGUCUAUAAUUUAAAAUAGAUUAUAAAUUCAUUGUGUUAAUUGUACUUUAAUGAAAGAUAAUGGUUUAAAAUAUGUUUAUUAAUAUUGUAGUCUAUUUUUAUUAGAAGUUGCAGAGAAUAGCUACUGUAGGUGGUUUGGUGUGUUUUUCCAUGUCAUCAUGAACAUGCACCAGAUGUUUUGUAUAGUUUUUCCAGAUGCAAUAUGUAGUUUUAUUGCAAUGAUGCUUGACCUGUCAUUGUUUCUCAAGGAUUUGUAUUACCUGACACACUCGCACCCCUGGUUUUAGGGUCUUUAAAUCACAUUUUUAGGACUUUUCUGCAGGUUGAGGAGAUGAAAGCAAGAAGCUCUAACAGUAAACUCAAUAGGAACUCUAAUGGAAGCUAUAUUAAACAAUCUCAUUGUGGGUCUUUACUGGUAAUAGAUUUGCUUGAUUUGGUGGAAUGUUAUCUGGUGGAUAACCAGCAAAAUACUUUAAACCCUUAUGGUAAUGGUUUCAUAAUGCUGUUUUUUAAUUGAAAUGUAAUGUAAAUGUCUGCAAAAAUAAAUAAAUAAAUGAAAUCAUUGGAAUUUGUA